AAUGGCUAUCCGUCACAAAACACGGACUGUUAACCGCAGUUACAUUUAUCGCAAACACUUUGGGUCAUUUUCUGGAUGUAUUAACACGAUCCAAACCCGAUAUCCGAGUCUCAACUCUUCACUCUCACUCAACUCCGGCGAAAUCACCGCCGCAAACAACCAUUUCCCCUACAGAUCCACCACCACUUCACUACAAUUCAACCACCACAACUCACAACUUUCGUUCUAAAUCCAACCGGAUCAAUCCGUAGAUGGCCGUUUCGGUAUCCGAAUCGCGCCUCAUCAACACCAUACUAGUUCCAGCCCUAGAAAAAAUCAUCAAAAACAGCUCAUGGCGCAAACACUCAAAACUCGCAAACGAAUCCAAAUCCGUACUCGACCACAUCACUUCAAACAACCACCAAUCAGACGCUGCCACGUCAUCUCAACCACCAGUUCCAGGAGUCCUCCACGAUUCCGGCACCACCGAGCUAACCCUAGCUGAAUCAGAACUCAUAUUAAGUCCUUUUAUUAAUGCCUGUUGUUCUGAUAAUAUUAAAAUUGUUGAACCUGCUGUUGAUUGUAUACAGAAAUUGAUAGCUUAUGGUUACUUACACGGUGAAGCGGACCCUAGCGGUGGUCCGGAUGCGAAAUUGUUAGCGAAAGUGAUCGAAUCGGUGUGUAAAUGUUGUGAGUUUGGUGAGGAAGGAGUGGAGUUGUUGGUGUUGAAGACAAUUUUGUCUGCGGUUACGUCGGUUUCGUUGAGGAUACAUGGUGAUAGUUUGUUGCAGAUUGUUAGGACUUGUUAUGAUGUUUAUUUAGGGAGUAAGUAUGCGGUUAAUCAGACGACUGCGAAGGCGUCGUUGGUGCAGAUGCUUGUGAUUGUGUUUAGGAGGAUGGAGGCAGAUAGUUCGACGGUGCCAGUGCAGCCGAUUGUUGUGGCGGAGAUGAUGGAGCCGUUGGAGAAGGGGGGAGAUGGUGAUAGUGCGGCUGCAGUGUUUGUGCAAGGGUUUAUUAGUAAGGUUAUUCAUGGAAUGGAUGGGGUUUUGAAUCCGGGGAUGCCGGUUGGAUCCAAUGCAGGUGGAAGUGGAGUGCAUGAUGGGGCGUUUGAGACGAAGAUGAAGACUGUGGAGGCGACGAAUCCAGCGGAUUUGUUGGACUCUACGGAUAAGGAUAUGUUGGAUGCUAAGUAUUGGGAGAUUAGUAUGUAUAAGACGGCGUUGGAGGGGCGGAAAGGGGAAUUGGCGGAUGGGGAGGGUGAUAGGGAGGAUGAAAUGGAUGUUCAGAUUGGGAAUAAGCUGAGAAGGGAUGCAUUUUUAGUGUUUCGUGCUCUUUGUAAGCUGUCGAUGAAGACUCCUCCCAAAGAUGCGUUGGCGGACCCGCAGUUGAUGCGUGGAAAGAUUGUUGCUUUGGAGUUGUUGAAGAUCUUGCUGGAGAAUGCAGGGGCGGUUUUUAGAACUAGUGAAAGGUUUUUAGGUGCCAUUAAGCAGUACUUAUGCUUAUCUUUGCUCAAGAAUAGCGCAUCAACCCUUAUAAUUGUAUUUCAGCUCUCUUGCUCAAUUUUCAUUAGCUUGUUGUCGAGAUUUCGAGCUGGCUUGAAGGCAGAAAUCGGAGUAUUCUUUCCCAUGAUUGUUCUCAGAGUUCUCGAGAAUGUCGCUCAACCUAAUUUUCAGCAAAAGAUGAUAGUACUGCGGUUUCUCGAAAGAUUAUGUGUUGAUUCACAGGUUUUAGUUGAUAUAUUCGUCAACUAUGAUUGUGAUGUCAAUUCAUCUAACAUUUUUGAAAGAAUGGUCAAUGGGCUUCUUAAGACUGCCCAAGGGGUCCCACCUGGAGUUGCAACUACACUUUUGCCACCUCAGGAUAUUACCAUGAAACUUGAAGCUAUGAAGUGUUUAAUUGCGGUUUUGAAAUCAAUGGGAGAUUGGAUGAAUAAACAGUUACGCAUUCCCGAUCCUCAUUCUACAAAGAAACCUGAGCUGGCAGAUAAUAUUCCUGAAAUUGGAAAUCCACCAAUAGAAAAUGGAAUUUCAAAUGAGCAUGAGCUUGUUGAGGGCUCUGAUUCUCAAUCUGAUCCCUCUAGUGAAGUUUCAGAUGCUUCAGCGAUCGAGCAACGUCGGGCUUACAAACUCGAACUUCAAGAAGGUAUAUCGCUUUUUAACCGGAAGCCUAAAAAGGGAAUUGAAUUCUUGAUCAACGUGAAUAAGGUGGGGAGUUCACCUGAAGAAAUUGCGGAGUUUCUGAAAAAUGCAUCUGGUUUAAACAAGACGUUGAUUGGUGAUUAUCUUGGUGAAAGAGAAGAUUUAUCACUGAAAGUAAUGCAUGCAUACAUUGACUCGUUUGACUUUCGUGGUAUGGAUUUUGAUGAAGCAAUCAGAGUCUUUUUACGGGGCUUUAGGUUACCCGGUGAAGCACAAAAAAUUGAUCGAAUUAUGGAAAAAUUCGCUGAGCGUUACUGCAAAUGCAAUCCAAAAGCGUUCACUAGUGCUGACACAGCAUAUGUUCUUGCUUACUCUGUUAUAAUGCUCAAUACGGAUGCUCAUAACGCCAUGGUAAAAAAUAAGAUGUCAGCUGAUGAUUUUAUAAGAAAUAACCGUGGCAUAGAUGAUGGUAAAGACUUACCUGAGGAGUAUCUAAGAUCGUUAUUUGAACGCAUAUCAAGAAAUGAAAUUAAAAUGAAAGAAGAUGAUUUCGCCCUUCAACAGAAGCAGUCUGUAAACUCAAACAUGAUUCUGAGUUUAGACAGUAUUUUGAAUAUUGUGGUGCGUAAGAACUAUGAUGAAAAUCAAACAAGUGAUGAUCUUAUGCGACACAUGCAAGAACAGUUCAAAGAGAAAGCCCGCAAAUCAGAGUCAGUUUUUUAUCCUGCAACAGACGUGUUUAUACUUACAUUCAUGAUAGAGGUGUGCUGGGCGCCUAUGUUAGCUGCCUUUAGCGUUCCGCUUGACCGAAAUGAUGACGAGAUAAUAAUAUCUCUUUGUUUGGAAGGCUUUCGUUGUGCUAUCCAUGUGACAUCAGCAAUGUCGAUGAAGACGCAUAGAGAUGCUUUUUUAACAUCACUUGCAAAGUUUACUUCGCUCCAUUCACCUGCCGAUAUAAAACAAAAAAACAUAGAAGCUAUCAAGGCAAUAGUUACAAUUGCAGAUGAAGAUGGGAAUUAUCUACAGGAUGCAUGGGAGCAUAUUCUAACAUGCGUUUCACGGUUUGAGCAUCUGCAUCUAUUGGGAGAAGGGGCUCCACCAGAUGCGGCUUUUUUCGCUGUUAAUCAAAAUGAAUCCGAAAAGUCAAAACAAACAAAGUCAAACAUCCUUCCCGUUCUUAAGAAAAAGGGAGCUGGGAGGAUACAGCCAGCAACAAGAAGAGGUUCAUACGAUAGUGCUGGCAUUGGUGGUAAUACUUCUGCAGGUAUCACAUCUGAGCAGGUGAAUAACUUGGUCUCCAAGUAUAACAUGUUGGAACAAGUUGGCGAAAUGAAUCGCAUAUUCAUAAAGAGUCAGAAACUCAAUAGCGAGGCGAUAGUUGACUUUGUCAAAGCGUUGUGCAAGGUGUCUAUGGAGGAGUUAAAAUCCACAUCUGAUCCACGAGUGUUUAGUCUCACCAAAAUAGUUGAAAUCGCCCACUAUAACAUGAAUCGCAUUAGGCUCGUUUGGACAAGCAUCUGGAACGUACUUUCUAACUUUUUUGUAACUAUUGGUUGUUCUGAAAACCUAUCGAUUGCGAUAUUUGCAAUGGAUUCUUUACGCCAACUGUCUAUGAAAUUCUUAGAACGUGAAGAGUUGGCUAAUUACAACUUCCAAAACGAGUUCAUGAAGCCUUUUGUGAUUGUCAUGCGCAAAAGUAAUGCUGUGGAAAUCAGAGAACUAAUCAUCAGAUGCAUCUCUCAGAUGGUUCUUUCUCGUGUCAAUAAUGUUAAGUCAGGAUGGAAAAGCAUGUUCAUGGUCUUCACUACAGCAGCUUAUGAUGACCACCAAAAUAUCGUACUUCUUGCAUUUGAAAUGAUUGAGAAAAUCGUGCGGGAUUAUUUCCCGUACAUUACCGAGACGGAAACCACCACGUUUACAGAUUGUGUGAAUUGUUUGAUUGCAUUCACGGGUAGCAGAUUCGAUAAGGAUAUUAGCCUAAAUGCUAUUGCCUUCUUGCGUUUGUGUGCUGCAAAAUUGGCUAAAGGAGGUUUAGGAUCUUCCUCAAUGAAUAAGGACAAAGAUAUUGGAUAUUUGGAGGAUAAAGAUGGAACUCUGUACUUCUGGUUUCCACUAUUAGCUGGGUUAUCAGAACUUAGCUUUGACCCAAGACCCGAAAUUAGAAAAAGUGCCCUCGAAGCACUCUUCGACACGUUACGAAACCAUGGUCAUCACUUCUCUCUACCUCUAUGGGAAAAGGUGUUCGAUUCCGUCCUAUUUCCGAUCUUCGAUUACGUUCGCCAUGCAAUCGACCCAUCCGGUGAAAACUCUUCAGAACACGGGAUCGAUGCUGACGUGGACGGAUUCGAUCAAGACACUUGGCUAUAUGAAACAUGCACACUCGCACUCCAAUUGGUUGUCGAUCUUUUUGUUAACUUCUACGACACUGUCAAUCCACUUUUAAGAAAAGUAUUGACAUUGUUAGUAAGUUUUAUAAAACGUCCUCAUCAAAGCCUUGCAGGCAUCGGGAUUGCUUCGUUUGUUCGGUUGAUGAGUAAUGCUGGGGAAUUGUUCUCGGAUGACAAGUGGCUUGAAGUUGUUUUGUCUUUAAAAGAAGCAGCAAAUGCUACACUUCCUGAUUUUUCGUCUAUAUUAGAUAGAGAUAGUUUAGAUGUGAACGAUGAGGAUGCGUAUGAGUCUAGGAUGGAGGAUGAAGAUUUGGAUAAUUUAAGGAGGGAGCGUUUAUAUGCUGCCGUUUCCGAUGUUAAGUGUCGGGCUGCUGUUCAACUUUUGUUAAUUCAGGGAAUAAUAGAGAUCUACAACAUGUAUAGAUCUCAGCUAUCAACAAACAACACCUUAGUUGUUUUUGAAGCUGUGCACCGAGUGGCAAUUCACGCCCACACAAUAAACGCUGAUGUCGCCUUACGUUCCAAGCUACAAGAGCUAGGCCCAAUGACACAAAUGCAGGACCCACCAUUACUACGUCUUGAGAUCGAGUCAUAUCAAACCUGCCUCACAUUUCUACAAAACCUUGCAGUGGACCAACCACCAUUUUACAAUGAAUCAAAAGCAGGGUCUCAACUUGUCGAUCUUUGUCAAGAAGUCUUGAAAUUCUACGUUGAAGUAGCACGCCCUCCAUUUUUGACUGAGUCAUCUUCUAACCGGGCCCACUGGUUGAUACCGUUAGGGUCUGGGAGAAAGAGAGAACUUGGUACACGUGCACCGCUUAUUGUUACAACUUUACAGGCUAUUUGUAGUUUGGGAGAUUCUUCAUUUGAGAAGAAUUUAUCCAACUUUUUCCCUCUUUUCUCAAAUCUUAUACGCUGCGAACAUGGGUCCAGUGAGGUCCAGGGAGCCCUAAGGGAAAUACUCAGCUCCUCGGUGGGACCCGUUUUGUUGCGAUCAUGUUGAUACAGUACCCUUAGAUUUUGAGAUUUUGUAAUGUCUUAUGCAGUCUUAUUUUUUCGGUUGGAUAUAUUGUUCAUAGUAUGACAGAGUUGGGAACUUUUUUGAUUGUUUGGUCUCUGAGGGCUUGCUUCUACAUAGAAUCUAUAGGUUUGAAAAGGAAUUUUGUUGUAUCUUAAUCAACUGUUAUGUGUUUGAAUAUUAAGAGAAGGAUAAGACAACAAAAAAUGCACCUCUAUGAUUUAUUUUAUUUUUUAUGUUAUUUUGGUUUUUAAUGUUC